AUGAGCAGAGUUUUAAGUAUUGUUACAGGUGCCAAUAGAGGAUUUGGUUCAUCAAUUUGUCAAGAGUUUGUCAAAUUCAGCCCAAAUAAAGAACAACACCUCGAUUUCAUUUUAUUUGCCAGAUCUGCAGAUUCAUUAAAAAAUACUAAAGAAUCAAUUAAAACUCUUUCAAAGGUUGCAAAUGUUAUUGAAGAAUAUGGCGUAGAAAUGUCAGAUAUUCCACAAGUUGAAAAAACAUUUAAAGAUUGUUUAGAUAAGAUCGAAUGGAAUAAAUACUCAAAAAUUUGUUUAGUUAAUAAUCAUGGUACCCUUUAUAAUUUAGAUAAAAUUGACACAUUUACAGAUUUUCAACAUAUUCAAAAAAAUAAUGAUAUCAAUAUAACUUCAUUUGUUACAAUUUCAUCAUUGUUUUUAAGAAAGGUUAAAGCAUUACCAAACUUUAAAGACCUCGAAGUAACAAUGGUUAAUAUCACUUCAUUAGCAGCAAUUAAACCAUUUGAAUCUUGGGGUUUAUAUUGCUCAUCAAAAGCUUUUCGUGAAAUGUUUUCAAAUGUUAUUGCCGAAGAAAAUAAAUCAUCACCAAAUUUCAAAGUUUUAAAUUAUAGUCCAGGUCCAUUAGAUACUGAUAUGCAAAAAGAGGUUAGAGAAACAUGCUCAAGCGAAGAAACAAGACAAUUCUAUUUAGAAUUAAAGAAAAAUAACAAUCUUGUCGCACCAGGAGACUCUGCAAGAGCUCUUGCUAAAUUAGUUUUUACCUAUGAAUUCACCACAGGACAACAUAUUGACUAUUAUGAUAUCAAAGAAAAAUAA